UUUCUAUGCAUUGUGCAGGUCUUGAAUUGAAUAAAGAGGCUUGUGCCACUGAUUGAAAGCUACGAAAAUGGCUUCAAAUUCAAGUGGGAGCAAGGAACCUACAGCUACAAUGCCUAAAUACAUCAAAUUUGUCUUUGGAGGAUCUGCUGGGAUGGCAGCGACUUUCUUUGUCCAGCCAUUGGAUUUGGUCAAGAAUCGAAUGCAAUUGAGUGGAGUUGGAGGAAAAGCGCGAGAGCACAAGACAAGCUUGCAUGCAGUGGCCUCAAUCCUACGAAACGAAGGAAUCAUUGGCAUAUAUUCAGGACUUUCUGCUGGUCUCCUCAGACAGGCUACUUAUACGACAACCCGCCUUGGUAUCUAUACAUGGCUGUUUGAGAAAUUUUCUAUCCAAGGGAAGCCACCUGGAUUUGCCGGAAAGGCUGGCAUGGGUAUGGCAGCUGGUGCAGUGGGUGCUUUUGUUGGGACACCAGCUGAAGUGGCCUUGAUCAGAAUGUGUGCAGAUGGGCGUCUACCCUUCAAUGAGAGACGAAAUUACAAGAAUGUCUUUGAUGCCCUCUUCAGAAUAACUAGAGAAGAAGGGGUACUGACCCUUUGGAGAGGAGCCUUGCCAACAAUAGGGAGGGCUAUGGUGGUCAAUGCUGCUCAACUUGCAUCUUAUUCUCAGGCAAAGCAGAUACUUCUUGGCACUGGUUAUUUCCAAGACAAUAUUUUGUGUCACUUUGGAGCAAGCAUGAUCAGUGGUCUGAUCACAACUGCUGCAUCAUUACCUGUGGAUAUUGCAAAGACAAGGAUUCAAAACAUGAGAUACAUAGAUGGUAAGCCUGAAUAUAAGGGAACCAUGGAUGUGUUGGGUAAGGUCAUUCGACAGGAGGGGAUUUUUUCCCUAUGGAAAGGCUUCACCCCAUAUUAUGCACGUCUUGGUCCUCAUACAGUCCUCACAUUCAUCUUCUUGGAGCAGAUGAAUUUGAUGUAUCGAAAGCAUGUCCUGAAGCUUACAGGCUCAGGUGGAGGUUUGUGAAUGAUAAACUUCUGAUAUUAGGUGGCAUUCCCCACAUUUCUGGUCUAAGUCCAUCAUCAGCUCAGAGGGUUACUCUAUAUCAGUACUAGUUCCUUGAUAGUGAUUUAUUGUAAAAUGAAAGGAGAUGUCAUGUUAAAUUUUUUUUUUAUAGAUAAAAUUGUAUUCCUGCAAGUAGUCAUAGAUCUUGAAGCAUUUUUAACUUGGGGAUUUCAUAACUCAAUCAUGCUUUCACAUACUUUCCAUUUCCUAAGGGAAUGAAUGUUGCUUGAAAUACCCAAUUCUGUGUGGAAAAAGGAAUGUAUGGGAUUGAAUUUUUCCAUUUUUGUAGUAUUUCAUGCAAUAUUUCGGGAUAGUUAUAGUAGAAUUUUGUCUUGUGACCAUGAAUUGUUCCC